AAAUAAAAAUAAGAGAAAAAAAAAAACGAAAAAGAGGAAUACUUCCAAACGAUUGAAAGUGGCUACUCUUCUCUUUGUGAACCACUCACCUCGAUUCAAAGUACAAAAGAAACUCGCUUGUCUUCAAUGGAGUAAUCUCAAUUUCCUCCUUCAACAUAAUUCCCCAAUUCAAGUCGAAUGAAUUCCAUCUCCAUGAUUUCAAUUUGUUUCUCUUCAAUACCAAAAUCCCGCCAUUUUUCUAUCUCCAGAAACUUCUCUUCAAAUUCCACCAUUAAUGUCGUCCUCAACCAUCCCCACAGUCAUCAUCAACAAUUUCACUUACCCAUUUCAGUUCCUCGGAUUUCUUCUAUUAAAUUGAAAAAUUCUAGGGUUAGGGUUAUCAAAGCUAGUAGCAGUAGUGUCGAUGUCGUUACUUCUAUUAAACCCGGGAAAUUGGUGGAGAGUGAUAAACUUCCGUCUGAUGUUAGGAAUCGAACAAUGGAAGCUAUUGAUUCUUAUGGUGGUAGGGUGACUAUUGGGGAUGUUGCUAGUAAAGCUGGGUUGAAAUUGGACCUUGCUCAAAAAGCUUUACAAGCACUUGCUGCUGAUGCUGAUGGAUUCUUAGAGGUUUCAGAUGAAGGUGAUGUUCUCUAUGUUUUUCCUAAGGAUUAUCGUUCAAGGCUUACUAGUAAAUCCUUUAGGAUGAAAAUUGAACCCUGGGCUGAAAAGGCAAAGUCUGCAGCUGAGUAUCUAAUAAGGGUCACUUUUGGGACAACAUUAGUUGCUUCAAUUGUUUUGGUGUUUACAGCAAUUAUUGUAGCUUCCUCGAGCGGAAGUGAUGAUGAUAGUCGUAAGAGGCGAGGAGGGAGCAGGUCUUAUGGUUCAAAUAUCAACUUCUACAUUAACCCAUUUGAUUUAUUUUGGUAUUGGGAUAGAGACUACUAUAGGAGGACACGAAGACGAGAAGAUAAUGAAGGCAUGAACUUCAUUGAGUCUGUCUUCUCAUUUGUUUUUGGAGACGGUGAUCCAAAUCAAGGAAUUGAAGAGAAGAGGUGGAAGCUGAUAGGACAGUAUAUAGUGUUAAAUGGUGGUGUGAUAACAGCUGAAGAACUUGCACCAUACCUGGAUCUACAAACCGAAAAAGAGAGUGAUGAUUCAUAUAUAUUGCCUGUGCUUCUACGGUUUGAUGGUCAGCCAGAAGUAGAUGAAGAGGGAAAUAUAUUAUACAGAUUUCCUUCACUUCAACGAACUGCUUCCUCGACUAGGACAGGAAGAAAAGAGUAUGUUGGGAAACGGUGGACUGAUUGGGAUGGAGUACAAAAGUUCUUUAAAGAGAACAAAUGGCAAUUCAGUAAAACUAACGCUUCAGAGAGAGCUAUGGUCAUUGGACUGGGUGCACUAAAUUUGUUUGGAGUGGUUGUUCUUGGUACUAUGUUGAAGGAAAUGACGGUACAGCCAAGUGGGUUCCUCUCAUUUGUUUCGACGUUGCUCCCUUUGCUUCAGGUUUAUGCUGGUUCUUUCUUUACUAUACCAUUGGUUCGGUGGUUUCUUGUUCGCAAGAAAAACUCUGAAAUAGGGAAAAGGAAUCAAGCAAGGAAACUACGAGCUCAGGCACUUGAAUCACCUGAUUUUUCACUAAGGCGCAAGCUUUUGAGUGCUAGGGACAUGGCACAGAGAACAGUUAUUGGUAAGGAGAGGAUCGUAUACAGCACUGAAAAGGAUCUAGACGAGCAAGACUAUGAAGCCCGUGAAUGGGAGAGGAGAUUCAAAGAACUUGAGAGGUCAGAUUGAGACGCAAUUUUUACCUUUUGUAAAUUCCUUAUUUCCCUAGCCCGAGGUGUAGGGCAAUGAUACAGUAUCACUUGUAGUUCACUACUUGUUGAGAUUGGUUAGGAUCGAGUCCCAAAUACAUGGGUUGUCUUUGUACAUUUUGACACAUUUCAACAUGGCAAGUCUGUAUAAUACGGUUUAUGCUACAAAAGGCAAAGUUCAGUGCUGGGGAGUUGAUGUGAUGUUCGAGACAUUUCCGUUGAA